UAUUUUAUCUGUGGUUCAGUAUUAUUGUUAACAAUGAUGACAUGCUUAAAUCUGUAAUGGGGAUUAAACUGAUAUCUGCCUUCUGUACAUGCAUUCUCUCCUGCACAGUUUUCAGCACUGGAUCCUUGUAUUGUGAAUUCGAAUGCCUUGUCCCCUGAGCAUUGCAGGGUGCUGCUACAGCCAAACAUUGGUUUGAUGCCAUGCUUUUCCCAGCAUUGCUGUGUAAGAGUAGUCACAAUGGGUCACACCACGGGUGUGAUCUCUUCAGUGGAAGCUGUAAGAGGAGCAAGUUGACAUAAGGCAGAGGAAUGUUUCCCCUGGUUUAAACUUUUCAGCUUCUGUCAGGCAGUAAUUUAGUGCCUCCUUGAGCCAGGGUUUGCUUCUGUCCUGUCAUAGCUAUUACUCACCAGUGAGCCAUACCUUCAUGAGUCUGUCCCAUCUACACUGGAGACUUUCCAAGCUUUUUCUCUCUUUGCCACUCUCUGACAAGUUCCCCUACGGAUGGUGAGUUUUGCUGACACUAUCCACAGUGCUCUUUUCUGGGAGCACCACAGUUGAUUCGUUCAGGGGGCAAAGGAGUCCCCACAGGCAUACUGCAGGUCCAGUGGAAUCUGAAGGCGUACAAAUGCCAAAAAUGUCCCCCGUUGCCAAAUCCAGAGCUGCUUCCUGCUCCAUGCUUCUUUGUAUCAUUGGCCACCGAGCUGCAGUCGCUUCUGGUGCGUUAAAAGCACCGCAAGGGGGAACUCUUUGGUUAACUCUUCCAACACUUUUUUUCAUGGGCGUUGUUAGUCAAAAAGCAGAACCAAAACACCGUGAAGGCGUGCUUAAAGGACAAGUGCUUUGCCUCGGGUUACGCCCAAACAGCUAACGCUCUUUGUAUCACCACAGGGGGAGCUCCUUCCACCAGCCAAAAACUUGGUCAUCAACUUCCCACACCGGCUGCUUUUUAGCUCUAUAAUUUACUGUAUGAUAAAUGUAGAUCUAAUUAAAGCAGGCAAGUCUUAUGUAUAGAGAACCAAAGCAAGAAAGAAAAGCCAUUUUUAAAGUUUUUCCACAUUUUUAAUGAGUUGGUUAGAAAUUGCUUGCUGAAUGUAUGUUUCCAGAAAUUUAUACAUUUAAGAAUUUAAUAACUGUUCAAACUAACAGGAAAACAAGAAGAAAAAAGACAAUUCUGUAUUUUUAGUGUGCAAUUUUAAGUAUUUUCUGCCAUCAUAAAUGCGGUUUGUUUCCUUUAAGCCAGUAACAACAGUAUUUACUCUUUGCUGCUUGUGUUAGAUUUUCUUCCUUUAUAGUUUGUUGUAAUUUCUAUAACUGAAACAAAAAGAAACCUCUCCCAGUUCUUAGAAGCAGAGGGCUGGCUUAGGGAAUUAGAGACAUCAGAAAGAAAGCAACCUUCAGAUUCACCUUUUCUCUGAUUUUUUCACGUUUGGACAGUGCAAACAUGGCAGCUGAAUUUGUGAGAGGUGCACUGCUUCCUUCAAAUCUUGCCUGAGAAACGAGUCCCACAGCUCCCUGCAAAGUAAUUGGUCUAAUUACGUGGUAGGAAGGAGUUUCUUUAAAUUCCUUAGAAAUUAAGACGUGUCAUCCGCUUAACAUCUUAGCAUCUGUUACUGCCUCUUGCACAUUUCUCCACUGCAUCAGCCUGAAGGAUGCUUUCCUGGACAUUUCAGAGAAAAACAAUUAAAAUCCUUGAAACAGAGAAGAAAUUGUCCCCUUCUGCAGUGGGAUGAAGCAUGUAAGGCAUUUCAUCCCCUCCUUAUUUCUCAGUUUGGUGCACGUUUGUCUGGUUCAGGCCAAUUAUGCCCCCUAUUUCUUCGAUAAUGGAGCCAGGAGCACAAAUGGGAACAUGGCACUCCUCAGCCUUUCCGAGGACACACCAGUUGGUGCCCACGUUUAUACUCUGAAUGGAACUGAUCCGGAAGGAGAUCCUGUGACGUACGGCCUGACCUACGAGGCUGGAUCCAGGCGCUACUUUUCUGUUGAUGGGAACCUUGGAAACGUGACGCUGAUUGAGGAACUUGACAGAGAGAAAGAAGAUGAGAUUGAAGUUAUUGUCAGUAUUUCAGAUGGCCUGAGUACAGUUUCAGAGAAAGUGAGGAUCCUUGUAACGGAUGCUAAUGAUGAGAGCCCAGAGUUCAUCAAUACACCUUACAUAGUCCAAGUCCCAGAGAACUCUCCUUCUGGCAGCAGUAUCUUUAAGAUUGAGGCAGUUGACAGAGACACCGGUUCUGGAGGAAGUAUCACCUACUUCUUGCAGAACAUCCAUGCUAAUAAGUUUACAAUAGACCGUCACAGCGGCGUCCUGCGCAUCAAAUCGGGGAUCACCCUGGACUACGAGAAGUCAAGAACGCAUUUUGUUGUCGUGGUAGCCAAGGAUGGCGGUGGGAAGCUGAGGGGAGACAACAAAGUGUUCUCAGCCACAACAACUGUCACCAUCAACGUGGAGGAUGUUCAGGACACUCCCCCCAUGUUCAUUGGGACUCCCUACUAUGGAUACGUCUAUGAGGAUACGCUUGCAGGCUCUGAGGUCCUCACUGUUGUUGCACUUGAUGGAGACAGAGGAAAUCCAAACAGCAUUCAUUACUGCAUCGUGAACGGAAGUGAAGGUUCUUUUGAAAUCAGCAACACCACUGGAGCCAUUUCUGUUAUAAAAAGUCCAAAUCAGCUCAAGAAAGAAGUGUAUGAACUAAGAGUUCAGGCAUCAGAAGUCAGCCCAGAAGGGGAUGUCUCAGCAUACGCCUUUGCCAUGGUGACUAUAAGGGUGGUCGACCUCAACAACCAUCCGCCGACAUUUUAUGGAGAAAGCGGUCCCCAGAACAGAUUUGAACUGACCAUGUAUGAGCAUCCCCCAGAGGGUGAAAUCUUGAGAGGGCUGAAGAUUACUGUCAAUGAUUCAGAUCAGGGAGCCAACGCUAAAUUCAACCUCCGUCUUGUCGGACCCGGCGGCAUUUUUCGAGUCGUUCCCCAAACGGUCCUGAAUGAGGCUCAGGUUACAAUAAUAGUGGAAAAUUCUGCUGCUAUUGACUAUGAAAAAUUCAAGGUCUUAACCUUUAAGCUUCUUGCAAUAGAGGUGAACACACCAGAGAAAUUCAGCUCAACGGCUGAUGUAGCGAUACGCCUGCUGGAUACCAAUGACAAUGUCCCAAAAUUCUCCUCUGAUUACUACAUUGCCAGGAUCCCUGAGAACUCUCCAGGGGGCUCAAAUGUAGUUGCUGUAACUGCUACAGAUCCAGACUCUGGGCUUUGGGGAGAAGUCAAGUACUCUAUCUAUGGAACGGGAGCAGAUCUGUUCCUAAUCCACCCAUCGACGGGUAUAAUCUACACCCAACCCUGGGCUGUAUUAGAUGCUGAAGUGAACUCAAAGUAUAAUUUCUACAUGAAAGCAGAGGACACAGAUGGGAAAUACAGCUUGGCUGAAGUGUUUAUCACUGUGCUAGAUGUCAAUGACCACUCUCCAGAAUUCAAUGAAAACAUCCAGGAAAAGACGAUGAUCAUCGGGUCACCAGUGAAGAUAGAGGCUAUAGAUCAAGAUGCAGAAGAACCAAACAACAUUGUGGAUUAUUCCAUCAUGCAAGCAGAUCCAGCCAAUGUGUUUGAUAUAGACCAAAGCACGGGGGAAAUCAAGCUGAAGUCCUAUAUCCGUUCCCUGGACAUCAUCCACAACAUUACAAAGAACAAAGACUGCAUAUGGUCAUUGGUGGUGCAGGCCAAAGACCGAGGCUCCCCAUCCUUCAGUACCACAGCAGUUCUGAAGAUUGAUAUCACGGAGGAGACUCUUCACAAAGGGCCUAUGGCCGCCUUUUUGAUGCAAACUAAAGAUAACCCCAUGAAAGCCUUAGGAGUGCUAGCUGGUGUCAUGGGCAUAAUGGUGCUGAUAACUAUCAUGAUCUCUACUGCCAUGUUCUGGCGCAAUAAGCGGUCCAACAAAAUCAUGCCGGUAAGAAGGAUCAUAAAAAAGAGACAGACCCAGCCGUCCCGCACGGUGAGGAUGGAGUGGCUGAAGUUCAAGAGGCCUAGUAAUGCUGCGGAGAAGUUUGUCGUUGAGGAUGAUGCCAAGAGCCUGCAGAACGAGAACAGCAACAACAACGUCCAGGCAGCCCCUGUGCCCCCAGCCGCUCCCUUGCCCCCGCCGCCCCCUGCCCUGGCCGCCAGUGGGAACACCGCAGCGUGGCGGGUGCCAACUGUGUCCGGCUCCCUCACUCCCAAGUUCAUCAACAAGCAGCUGAAGAAGAGAGGUCAUAGCAGUGCACACAACGCCCUGGUGUCAGAGCUCAAAAUGAAGUUUGAGAAGAGAAAUGCAGCUAUGGGUGAGCCACACAUCUAGGCCACGUCUAGGUGCUCUUGGCAGCCCCGGAGACUGUGGGUUGCGGCUGCACAUGGGUAUGUUAUAUGCCGUGGUCUUCCCCGUCUGUCAAUACCCGUGAACUGAGAGCAGCUUCUCGCUGUGAUAGCCAUCCCUCACCUUCCAGAAAUAUUAUGUGCUGUGGAGUCGCCCUACCUGUAUCAAACGUUGUGAUCUGUUCCCAGUUAGGACUGCAGUUCCUUCAUCCCAUAUCCCAGAGCUUGUUCCACCCUGCAGCUGUCUAACCAGGGUGCUCCGUAUGCUCUUGCGCCAACCAGAGCCUCCCAAAGUGAGCAGGUCUUUGGGCUGCCCCUGUUCCAGAAACCCUUAGUCAGCACUCUGCAGAUGUCACUUCUGAUCAGGUCUGGUAGGUGGAGCUGAGGCAUUCAAAAACCCUUCAUUUCAAAACCCAUAACCAGUUCAGAAGGCAUUGUUCUGGCCGUGGCACCAGGGGCAGUGUGCAGGUCUCCUUCUGCACCAGCUCACAGAACGCUGAGAGCAAGUUGUGUGCAGGUGAGACCUGUCUUCAGGCAUGAUGUGCAGUGCAGCAGCUGGUGGAAUAAUGUACUAAUGGCGACAGCACCCUUCAUCCUGUGUGCAGGCUUGGAAAAGUUCUUUGUUUUCCUGCAGAUUAUGCUGGGUUUUGCCAGAGCACAUUGGCAUGAUCCCUCCGCCCCAAGAUUGUCAGCUAACCUGAGGAUGGGAGGACAGCUGGGGCAGGAUACAAGCACAAGAAUUCAGUAGUAGUGCUCACCUGAUACGGCCUCCUUCUGAUCACAUACCCAAAUGAGAGGCAAGCCGGCAGGAGAAGGAUGUGAUUAAAGCAGUAGGGAAAAUAAGGUAAAACCAAAAGAAAAAUGAUAUCGGAAAAAUAGAAACAAAGUGCUGGAAAGUCAUAUGUAUCGGUCAGGGAAAGAUAAUUUGGUUCUAUAUAAUGCUAGCAGGGGGCUUGGAGAACAGAUUUCAUCAUUCCUACCAGCUUGCUCCAGGGACUGGAGAGUGUAACAGGAGGUUCCAUAAAACAUUCUGGUUUGUACUAGCAGCAUUUUGCCUGAAUAAUGUAACAGAUAACUGGAAAGACUUUUUUUUUUCCAGUUAUGUAUAUAUAUAUGUAUAUACAUAUAUAUGUACAUAUAUGUAUAUAAAGGGCACUGGAGGCAGAGCAGAUUUUUACUGGGUCUACCCUAGUUUCUAUGUCACACUUGUCUCUGAGGAGAUGUUUUAAGCUGGACCUGGGAAGAAGGCAGCAUGCACUGGUCUGGCCAGGGAGAAGCACCCUGUGCCCACACUCCCGCCCCUUAAGGCAGUAGCGCCAGCUGCCUUAAGCUGGCUGUCAUGGAUGGACACCAUGAACAUUGAGAUGGGGAGCAAACCCUAAGUGACAGAACACUGUAUUAAUCCAAGGGGGCUGUGAGGCUUCUCAAACAACUGUUUUUUUGAGUCCUUUCAGCUGGACCAGCAGCCUCUGGGGCUUCUCUUCCCUCACUCCAUUAGCUGAUCUACUCCUUUCAUUUGCACCAGGACUUCAUCACCUGAGGAGCUAGCAUGUUGAACAAGAAAUUACCCACUUACCAGAAACAAUCCCAUGUUUUUUAACUUCUGUUUACUCCAGUUCGCCAUACCAUGUUCUUGCCACCAGUGGACUGAUCCAGGAGCAGCAGAGAGGAGCCAUGGUGCCCAGUGCUGCUCAGCCAGUAGGCCCAAGCUUAUGAGGAGAGUACAGGGCUGGGCUUCAGGAUGUUCCUCUGCAUCAGGCUCUAGAAGCACUGGGACUGCUAUGCAGUGGACCUAGCUCCCAGAUGGGGAGGCACAGCUGCUCAGGCCCCAUGUAGAUCAGGGACUGAAAACUGCAGAGCAUCAAGAAACAACAGUCUACCUGGUUUUGUGGGGGAACACAAAAUAAUAUACAUUCACUCAUGAACGCACUUCUCUGAAGCAGUCCCUGGUCUUGGGGCUGCACAAGGAGCUGUGUGAGGAACCAUGUGGCUGUAAAUCUCUCUAAGGAGCCCUCUAAGGACACUUUAAUCUGAGUGCAAUGCCUGGAGCCAGACAAAGCCUCAGACCCUCAGUGGAGAGAUGGAUGCUCAGCAGGGAGGAGCAGCCCUUGUGGGUAUCACACUACCUUUCCCACUGUGCCCUUCAUCACUCCUGUGUUAUCUAUCCAACUUUCCCUCAGGGCCCGCUGCCCAUCCCUUCUCUUGGCUUCAGGUCCUUGCAUCACGCACUGUGUCUACAUCCUCCGGCCAUGGCCAUUUGAGAAAGGGGAGACGCAGCCCCAUCACAAUUGCUCAGCCCUGGUCCUACGGCCACAGCCCCACAUGUGCUCCUUUCUCUGGCUUGUGUCUCCUCCGGUCUGUGCAACGCUUCAUGGGGCACCAAAACCUUGUGAUGUAUCCUGUGUUCCACUCUUUUCCCAGUGUUGUGUUGAAGCCAGUAUUCAACGUUCAUUCUCCAUGAGGAAAGCCUAUAAGGACCAUUCAAUUAAGUGAAAUAUAAUUAAGUGAGAUUUAGCAGGAAUUAUAGGCUUAUAGUCUUAGAGAUUAUAUUUAAGAAGGAAUAAAGAUGUUUUAUUAUAAUGUUGUGAGA